CCCGCCCCGCCGCAGCCCCGGCCGCCCCUCACGGGCAGCGGGAGCGGCUUCGUGCCCGACCCGGCUCCGUGGGGAGCAGCGCUCCGUCGUCCCUGCCGCCGCCAGCCCGCCCUGGCCCCGGGCCAGCCAGGCACGCAGGUCUCUGGACAAGAUGGGAAAUGGAUUAACGAAACCCAAGCACCUGAGGCAGCCAAAUAGGCACGUGGCAAACCUCGCUAUUGGCUGUGCUGCCAGCCACAAGUUUCUGAUGGACCCAUGCCUAGGCAUCAAUGUGAUCAACGGGCAAGCUGAUGUCCUCUGCAGCAAGGUACUUGAACUGGAAAAGGAGCUGAAGAGAAAAGAGCAGCAGUUGCAAGAGAGUCAAAACCAUGUUGCUGAGCUUCAGGAACAGCUGGCUAUGCAGACUAAGGUCAUAGCAGAACUCACCAAGGAGCUUCAGAGCAAGUGUAUACAGUUGAACAAGCUGCAGGAUGUUGUUAGCACUCAAGGAGAGUACUCUCUUCAGCCUUCUCCGUUUAAAGUUUCUGCUGAUAGAAGGAGAGGAGCCAAGGAAGGUGUAUCUGCAGAGCCAACAACACGACUGUGUGAUUUGAGCAGGCAAACCAUGUUUUCCCUUGAAAAAGCAACAGUCCGAAAGGAUUCCAGUGAGAAGAGGCUUAUCACAGAUGCUCUGAAUAAAAACCAGUUCCUGAAGAGACUGGAGCCUCACCAGACACGAGACAUGGUGGAAUGUAUGUAUGAGAGGACGUUCCAGCAAGGGAGUUACGUCAUCAGACAGGGAGAACCGGGAAAUCACAUUUUUGUGCUCAAAGAGGGCAGUCUGGAAGUCUUUCAGCAGAAUAAGCUACUCUCCUCAAUACCUGUGUGGACAGCAUUUGGUGAACUGGCCAUUUUAUACAACUGCACACGGACAGCUUCUGUGAAAGCAAUCACUAAUGUUAAAACAUGGGCACUGGACAGAGAAGUGUUUCAAAAUAUCAUGAGAGUGACAGCACAAACCAGACAAGAGCAGUACAGAAACUUCCUCAGAAGUGUGUCCCUGCUGAAAAACUUGCCUGAAGAUAAAUUAACCAAGAUCAUGGACUGUCUGGAAGUGGAGUAUUAUGACAAGGGAGAUUAUGUUAUUCGGGAAGGAGAAGAGGGAAACACCUUCUUUAUAAUAGCAAAAGGAAAGGUGAUAGUUACCCAGAGUACUACAGACCACUCACAGCCUCAGGUGAUUAAAAAUCUACACAAAGGAGAUUACUUUGGAGAAAAGGCUCUCAUUAGUGACGAUGUCAGAUCAGCAAACGUUAUUGCAGAUGAGUACAAUGUGGAGUGCCUCGUUAUAGACAGAGAGACAUUUAAUCAAACGGUUGGAACUUAUGAGGAGCUGCAAACUUACCUGGAAGGUUAUGUGGCUAAUCUGGCCCAGGCUGACGAAAAGCGACAUGCAAAAGGAAGAUCCUUCUGUGGACAGUUGACCAAAGAGGUGUCUUUGGAGAUGAUAGAGCUGAAGGAGAAAGUAGCCCAGUUCCCUCCUUCCCCAUUCCAGAAUUUAGAAGUUGUCACAACUCUGGGUGUUGGUGGGUUCGGAAGGGUUGAGCUUGUUAAAGUUAAAAAUGAGAACAUGGCUUUUGCUAUGAAAUGUAUCAAGAAGAAACAUGUAGUAGACACCAAACAGCAAGAGCAUAUCUAUUCUGAGAAGAAAAUCCUUGAGCAGAUAUGUUCUCCAUUCGUUGUAAAGCUGUAUCGCACAUUCAAGGAUAACAAAUAUGUGUACAUGCUCCUGGAGGCUUGCCUUGGAGGGGAAUUGUGGAGCUUGCUGAGAGACAGAGGCAGCUUUGAUGAAUUUACCACAAAGUUUUGUGUUGGGUGUGUAACGGAGGCUUUUGACUAUCUGCAUCAAAUAGGAAUUAUCUACAGAGACCUGAAGCCAGAGAAUUUAAUUUUGGAUGCUGAAGGUUACAUAAAAUUGGUUGAUUUUGGAUUUGCAAAGAAGAUUGGAUCAGGGCAGAAAACCUGGACAUUUUGUGGAACCCCUGAGUAUGUUGCCCCUGAAGUCAUUCUGAGUAAAGGCCAUGACUUCAGCGUGGAUUUUUGGUCCCUUGGGAUUCUUGUGUAUGAACUCCUCACUGGCAGCCCACCAUUCUCUGGGGCUGAUCAAAUGAUGACAUAUAAUUUGAUUCUCAAAGGCAUUGAAAAGCUGGAUUUUCCUAAAAUAAUAACAAGGCGACCUGAGGAUUUGAUCCGCAGACUCUGCAGGCAAAACCCUACAGAAAGAUUGGGCAAUCUGAGGAAUGGAAUAAAUGACAUCAAGAAGCACAGGUGGUUGAGUGGUUUUAACUGGGAUAGUCUGAAAGUGAGGAAGUUAACAUCGCCUUUAAAAAGAGAGUUGUCUGGACCGACUGAUUACAGCUACUUUGACAGCUAUCCACCUGAAGUGGGAAGCCCUCCAGAUGAACUUUCAGGCUGGGACAAGGAUUUCUGAUCAUUUUUCCUUCUGGCACAUUUAUAGAGACUCAUAGGCAUUAGUUCUACCUUAUUUCUUGCUUAAAAUGAAGUUACAGAAAUUACACAGCACUCCCUGAAGAACAGAAGACAGUACAGGACCAGAACUUGGUUGGAUAAUCCACCAAAAUCUUUGCAUUUUGUAACAAGGGCAUGCAUUCAGUCAGCAGCUGUAACCUGAUUUUUUUUUAUUUUAUUUUAUACAUGGUGUCUCUAUGAACAUUUUCAGACACCAUUGAUUUGAUCUAUGGUUUUGCCACUAAAAAUAUAACUAGCUAAAAAAUUUGAUAUUAAUAAGGUUACUAUAUAGCUUUUCUUGGGUGGAGAGGAUGGGUAUCAGAAGCCAACAAUUGUGACAUUUGUCAGUAGCUAAAACUAUGGGCACUUAGUUUUCUUUUUCUCUGCUGUGUUUCACUUUUCCCCCAAAAUGUCCUGUAUUGCAUUGAUCCAGGAAUGUGUAGAAAAGAGACUUUUAUUGGAAAGUUGAUCUGAUUUAGCUACAGCUAAAAGGGUAUCACUGUGUAAGCUGCCUCUCUGCCAGUCUAGUUUUGCACCAGGUUGAAUAUGUGAGACUGGUCAAAGGAAAAGAUAUAACAGAAGUUGCCUAGAGAAUCAGACUGUGGUGUACAUUUCCCUUACUGCUUUAAAGAGCCAUGUGCCUUUCUUAAAAUGUUUUGCUUUUGUGUAGUGCAAAGAUAAAACAGAUGGACAAAAAGCUUUUACUUUGCAGGGAAAAAAUGCAGAUGGAUGUUGUGCAUUUGUGGCUUACACAGAAAAAUUCUGCUGCUCUGUGCUAUGAAUCCCAACUGCUGUUGAAAUAGGGGUGUUCCUGGGUUUCAUGCUGGGUUUAUGGGAUGGAUCUGCAUCUGCAGCCACUGCUUGGAUUUAUUCCAGCUCCUGCUGAGACCAAGUCCAAUCUAAAUUUCCAUACUGAAGCUGCCGUAGCAUUAACGCAUUUCACACGCUGGAUGGAAAACCUCCCGGGCAACUUGUACUGUGUGCUCAGGGUUUACUUACCCAUGGCUGCUGGAUCAUCUCCCUAGCUGCUGACCAUGACUUUUCCCACUGGGAAAGGGAAAAUGAGGGAGGGAAUGCCACAGGGGCAGUUCUGUGGUUUGUUACAUGGUUAUAAUUAUUUUUCACUGGUGGGUGACCAUCGCUUUGACAGCAAAUCAAUUUAAAUAUUUUGUAUAACCUUCAGCCUGAAUAAGGCAAUAGAAUAUUUUCCAUUGAAUUUAAUGAAGGUUGGAUGGAGCCCUUGAAAGAAGACACUACACAUUUAGCUGGUUUUGUUUCUCUGCCUGUUUGCAAAUUAUUAUGGAAACUUGCAGCCAGCAAAGCCUGUGCAAAGUGGAAUCAGAGAGGGUGGAGCAGAGGCUGUAAGCUGGGACUGUAGAUAUAAUAAAACUUAAUUUUAUUUAGUAAUACCAAAGACUAAAUUUUAUUUUCAGGAUUCAGAUGAAGCACUAGACAUUAGGUAUUUGUGUUUCUCCGUGCAUCUGUCUUUCUCUCAUAAAUAUUUUUAUUACAGUCAAAAUAAUAUUGUGCCAAGUUUUAUAAAAAACUUUUGAAUGUAUUUUUCCAUUGUAUUUAUAUGUAGUUUCCUUAUAUAUAUAUAUAUAUCUUUAAAAAAAAAAUGAUAUAUAUAGAUGUUUUUAAGUGAAAAAAUACCUGUAUGAUGUUUAGUGCAGUUAGCAUUAAGUUUUUGCAGCUGUGGGAUAUAUUUCCUUUAUAAAGUUUAACUUAGCUUGUUUAUUUGUGUGCAAAUAAAGUAAGCUUAAAAUGUAACUAGAAGGACAUUAAUUUUUUACAAGCACAUUCCAUGCAGCAGUCCAGAUUCAUAGACUGUAUUUAUACUUGUCUACAUGAUUCAGAAGAGACUGAGGCAGAAAAGGCUACUACUACCCUGGAGUGAGAGACACUGAUGUAAUUUUUUGCAGCAUGACCCCCCACUUAGAUUUUUUUUUCCCUAGUGGAUGCUGAGAAAAUGAGUGUAUGAGAAGCUGCAAUAAAUGAGGUCACAGAUUA